AUGUUGGCCAAGAGGCGGCAGUCGAAGGCAGGUGGUGACUCUCGUCGCACUGUGCAGCAGGAUAUCAGACCUAACCUGCUGUUCUACUACGAGUCGGAGUCGUGCAGCCGUCCGUCAGGCGUGGUGCUCCUGGAGGGCUGCUACUGCGAGCGGCUAAUCACGGCGGGCAGCGCCAGCCGCAACCGGGAGGCCGCCGACAAAGCGCAACACUGCUUCGCCAUCUCGUACCGCCGCGAGAACCAGCGUCAGUACGAGCUGCGGGCGGCCAACGAGUCCGACUGCAAGACGUGGAUCGAGGCCAUCCGCGAGGCGAGUUUCAACAAACUGCUGCUGCAGAAGGAAGAACUUGAACAGAAACAUCUUCAUCUGCUGCAAAUCGUGGAGAGCGAGAAGACGGCCAAAUGGCAGUACACACAGCAGUGCGAGGAGCUGGCCUCCGAGAUCAAGAAACUGCGCGCAGAGCUGUGCGCUCUGAAAAAGGAGUGGCGGCCGCUUCCGGCGACGUACGGCGGCUCGUCUCUGAGUGGGGGCGGCGCGGGAGGCGGCCUGGCGGCGGGUCUGCUGGGGGCGGCCGGGGGCGGCGCGUGCCUGGGCGGCGCGCUGGGCGCGGGCGCGGGCCCCCACUCCGAGCAGGAGACGCUGGAGCUGCGCAAGAUCAAGAAGGUGCAGAGCUUCUUCCGCGGCUGGCUCUGCCGCCGCCGCUGGAAGCAGAUCGUCGAGCAGUACAUCAAGUCGCCGCACGCAGAGAGCAUGCGCAAGCGCAACAGCCUGGUGUUCCGCAUGGUGGAGGCUGAGGAGGAGUACAUGGAGCAGAUGGAGGUGCUCGUCUCGUGCUUCCUGCGGCCUUUCAAGAUGGCGGCCAGCUCCAAGAAGCCUCCCUGCUCACACGAGGACGUCAACUCCAUCUUCCUCAACAGCGAAACGGUGCUCUUCCUGCACCAGAUCUUCCUCAAGGGCCUCACGUCGCGGAUGGAGAGCUGGCCCACGCUCGUCCUGGGCGACCUGUUCGACAUGCUGCUGCCGAUGCUGAGCAUCUACCAGGAGUACGUGCGCAACCACCACUACAGCCUGCAAGUGCUGACCGAGUGCAAGCAGUCGGCGCCGUUCGCACAGCUGCUGGCGCGCCUCGAGAACAAGCCGGCGUGCCAGGGCCGCUCGCUCGAGACCUUCCUCACCUACCCCAUGCACCAGGUGCCCAGGUACAUCAUAACGCUGCACGAGCUGCUGGCGCACACGCCCCACGACCACGUGGAGAGGAAGAGCCUGCAGAACGCCCGCCAGCAGCUGGAGAACCUGUCGCGCCAGAUGCACGAUGAGGUCAGCGAGACGGAAAACCUGCGCAAGAAUCUGGCUGUGGAACGAAUGAUCGUGGAGGGCUGCGACAUCCUACUCGAUGUGAACCAGGUCUUCGUCAGGCAAGGUAGCCUCGUACAAAUACCUUCUGACAAACCCAAGUCAUCACGAAGCCGUCUGACCAAUUUCAAGAGCGAGAAGGAAGCUCUCCGGCAGUGUUUUCUCUUCUCCAAUCACCUGAUCCUUGCCACAAGGACAUCAGGUGGGCGGUUACAUCUUGUUCCAGAAAUUGGAAAAAUUCCUCUGGCAGAUGCAAUCCUUAUUGAAGAUCCCAGUGAACAUGGUGCAAAUGAUGAUGAUGAGUCGUCGGUGUGUUCCAUGUCAAGCCAGUCAAGUGGUAUUAGUGAGACCUCAGGCAGCAGUGUUCACUGGCACAAUCGAGAUUUCAAGAUAAUCCUGGAUAUGAAAACAGGCAACCAACAGCCAGUGACUGUACAUUUGGUUGCCCCUAACAUGCAGGAAAAGGCAGCAUGGAUUAGUGACAUCAGCCAGUGUAUGGACAACGUUCAUUUUAAUGAUCUCUUGCACAGUUCAAUGUCAGAUACAUCUUCUGUCACAAUGCCCCAGUCCAUCAAGAAUGAUCCCAAAUUAUUCAAAGAUGAUGUUGACAUUCGCUUCAGCCGAACUCUUAAUUCAUGCAAGGUACCACAGAUCCGGUAUGCUACACCUGAGAGACUAUUGGAGCGUUUAACUGAUCUCAGAUUCCUAUCGAUAGAUUUCCUAAACACCUUUUUGCUUACAUACAGAGUUUUCACAGAUGGGGUAACUGUUCUUGAAGCAUUGAAGAAGGUGUUUUAUAAUUCAGAUCCACCUGAGGCACAGACAGCAGUGGGAUCAGUGAUGUCACUGGAUGUUCUGAGUGGCAGGGAUGAUCACACCACACUUCAUCAUUAUGAUGACCGCAGGAGAAGUAGCUUCUCACCACGAAGGACCAGUGGGGCAAGUUCAGUCUCCGGUUAUGGUUCUGAAAUGAGUGAUCGUGACCGUGAUCGUAGCCACAGUUAUGAUUCACAAGGUUUUCCUAGGGGUCACUGGAGAUGCAGUCACCGCAAAUACUCCCAUGUAUCAACUGAAGAAGACCAACAGCAAAGAGAGCUGACACAGAUUAAAGAAGCCCCAGCAAUUGUUAAGCAGAGUCCUACACAACAACAGUCACCAUCUCCUAGUUCUACUCCUCGUAAAAGUGUUAGUAUUCGUGUUGAAUCUGAAGAUGAUGGAAAACAUUUAACUAUUCCUAAAACUAUUGCUGUGUCUUCCAGUGCUGAAACAUUAACAGACAACACAGUAGUCAGUGCACCUUCUUCACCAAGCAACCUGAGUACUGUGACACUAGUUGGCUCCAGUAAUUCUGAUCCAAGUCCACAAGAGGUGGACAGUACUCAGCAAGGAACUCAGGAGGAAGAAUCUAUCACCACACCACCUACAGAGAUGGAUACAGCUGCUAUUGUAGACCUACAGGCUGGGAGUGGUGUUGUAGCAGACCCACCAACACCAACUCCUCCACCACCACAACCUGCACCACCUCCACAGACAGCAAGGAGAGAAUCACAGUCAGAACAACAGAAACUGAAAGCUCAGUCAAAGCGCAAGGGCUCCUCCCAACAACAGCAGCAGGAUCAAUCUGAUGAGUCUGGUAGCGAAGCUCCACCUAUACCACAGGACCAUAGAGCAUCUACAUGUUCAUCCAGAUCUGCUUCAAUCACGACUGGUGUCAUACAGAGUUAUUACACAGGCCGCCGAUCAAUGCAGCAAGAUACGGAUGGUGGUGGAGGCAGUGCCUCACAGAGAGCCAGUUUCCAGCAUGAUUCUCCACAGAAUUCAAGCAAGGCAGGAGUAGUCAUCACGUCAUUCAGACAAUCACAGAGAAGCAUCGGACCAGAAGUAUUGUGGAGCAGUACUUCAACAGCAGCAGCUGCGUUUGCCAUUGCAACUUCAGCUUCAAGUAACCCCAGGGAUCAUGCCUCACCACCAUCGGUAAUCAGAGGCAGUGAUGGAGGACCUGGCAGUAUAAGAGGCCGCUGUAGUGUGGGUGAUGCCAGUCUAAGGUCAGCCUCUGGCAGCUGCCGUGAACGUAAUCGCAGGAAAGAGUCGGUCAUGUCAACUGCUGCCACCAUGCGUGUGCUUAAUGUGCUUAGGCACUGGGUAUCAAAGCAUGCACAGGAUUUUGAAAAUGAUCAGCGUCUCAAGAACCUUACAAUUGAGUUUCUUGAUGAUAUCAUCUACAGUCCAAAUCUACUACCUGCUGAGCAUAAAGCAGCUUCUCAGCUUCUGAGACUUAUAACAAAAGAAGAACCUGAAAGUAGUAAGGUGGAUCUUGAUCUGCUGCUUGCACCUCCUAUGACACCAAGUAAAGAAAACAUAGAAACACUUUCAGCUCUUGAAAUAGCAGAACAGAUGACAUAUGUGGAUCAUCAGAUAUUUAUUUCGAUUUCAAGCGAGGAAUUUCUGGGGCAAGCAUGGAUGAAAACCGACAAAGCGACGAGGGCACCACAUAUCCUACUCAUGACUAAGAGGUUUAAUGAGGUGUCACAGUUAGUUGUAUCUGAAAUCAUUCGACGCUCAAAUAUGACUGCAAGAAUUCAAGCUAUUGAGAAGUGGGCCGCUGUAGCUGAUAUCUCACGGUGUCUACAUAACUUCAAUGGUGUUCUGCAAGUCUGUGCAGCCUUUACCAACAGUUCUGUAUUCAGACUGAAGAAAACUUGGGAGAAAGUCUCAAAAACAACAAAACAAACUAUUGAGAAACUACAAAACAUUGUGUCAUCAGAUGGAAGAUUUCGAAAUCUGCGGGAUGCAUUGCAUCGAUGUGAUCCUCCCUGUAUUCCCUAUUUGGGCAUGUACCUGACAGACUUGUCUUUUAUUGAAGAGGGAACACCAAACUUCACAGACGAUGGUCUGUUAAAUUUCUCCAAAAUGAGAAUGAUAGCACAUGUCAUACGGGAAAUCCGUCACUUUCAACAGACACCGUAUAAAAUUGAGCUUAUAACAAAGGUGACAAAUUAUCUGUUGGAUCCUUCUUUGCUUCUUGAUGAUGAUGAAUUAUACAGAAUGUCUUUGGAAAUUGAACCUCGUACAUCAAGACUGAGCUCUGCAGCUCUUGCACAGCUACCAUUGUCACAGACACCUCCUCGCACAUAA